AUGGAGUCCGAGUGUUUGGGAUUGCUCCAGAGGGUUGCCCACUACAGAGGAGGAAGAAUGAAUAGAAUUAACAUUGACCCAUCAGUUUGGUUUAUAUUACCAGUGAAUAAAGAUGAUGCACAAGGUUACUUCGAUUUGAUUCAGCACCCAAUGGAUUUUUCAACCAUCCAAGGGAAAAUAAAGAGUGGUCAGUAUAAAGACAUUGAGAACUUUCAUACAGACAUGCUCCGCGUCAGAGAUAAUUGUGUGAAGUACAACAGAUAUCCAGCAAGUCAGAUUCGGGUUGACUGUGACACUGUUUUUGGCUUCUACACUGUGGAGUAUGAUAAACUGAAGAGCAGGAAACCAGCAAAGAAAAAAGCUACCGGAACUGGCUGGGAUAUCGGAAUGUAUAUUCGUGCACAGAAAGAGGCAAAACUUGACAUGACCCAUGCCAGUGCCAUGAAAGUGGUGCAAAGCCAGGUUGAGAAGCUGGAUGAUGACAUCAGGGAAAAGGAAGAGUGUAUUCGUGAUUUGACUGCUGAGAUCGAAUGGAAGGAAAGACUGAGAGCUGAAUUUGUACCCCCUGUUAAACUAGACCAAUAUGUUCAGGUAGAGAUGAAAUCGAAACUACGGUGUCUGACGAACCCGACCCGUGUUCUGCCAAACGACUCUGCGAGAUGCUACCUGAGCAACACAACCAUGACUAAACGAGUUGACGAAACAUGCAAGGCAUUGGAACCAAUUCAUGGAGCUGAUUCCAAAAGUGUGCAGGAUGGAUUGUGGCUGACGUUGGUUAAAAAAGCAGGGAAGGGAGCCAUUCAAAAGUACUAUUCAAAUUUAUCGAGACCCAAGGAAGGCAGAGUAACAAAGCAUAAGGAACGGGUAACGGAAGCAAAUGUGGUCCGGUGUGUCAAAUACAUGUAUCGUAAUGGUUCAAUAUCCAGUCGAAAAUACACUUCAUUGCGGCAGGCAGAUCUCAGUUUCGAAUGUAGUGGUGAUGAGCUGAUGACAUAUCAGGAGAUUGUUCAUCAGUUGAAAAGUAUUUGUAAAGAGCUUCAGGUUCAUGAAGUUGCAGGUGUUUCCGGCUGCUACCGGAAUCUCGAAGACACCCUCCUGAAGAUAGCAUCAGUCUAUUUAGAGAUAGAUGAGAAGUUACAGGUCAAUGGGCAAUCUUUGAAUUGGCUGAAGAAGGAAAGAGGCCAUUUUUCGAUAUCUGUUGAGGCAGAUGGUGCUCCUGCCUCGAAGUUGAAAACGCACACGUCUGUUCUAUUGUCUUUUCUGAAUUUGCCUGAGAAGGUUAAUAGCUGCAUGUACCAGUUUUUGUUGUUCGGGGCUGAUGUGCCUGAGGACCAUGCCUCUAUUCUCAACUAUGUUGCCGAAAUAGCUUCAAACAUGGAGUCCAUUGAGAAGAAUGAGUUCAUGAUUGGAUCCACUGUGGUCAGGUUUACUCUUAACUUGUUCUGGGUGACCGCAAGUGGAUAG